UGGGAUUCAACUGGAGGCGGCAUCAUGCACAAUUAUACUGGAUGUUUUAUGUCGCUUUGUUUCUGCGUCUCAUGGGGAAUGUUUGUGGGCAGUUCUAGGACGCUGCCUCAUGUGAUGAGCUAUAAGGCCAUCAGACCUCAGAAACUGGAUGCUCAAUUUAGGAGCUUCUCCUCAAUAAAGUCCUACCCUGAAGAGGUCCAAUAUUCUCUGAUGAUCGAAGGACAAAACUACACUCUUCAUCUGGAGAGGAAUAGGCAUCUGAUAGGGAAACAUUACACCCUGACUGAUUACAAUAAGGAUGGAGUGACAACAACAUCCCCGACACAUCAUGAGGACCACUGCUACUACCAUGGCCAUAUUGAGGACGUGGAGGACUCUUCAGUCAGCCUGUCUCUGUGCUCUGGGAUGAGGGGCUUUCUGCGAGUAGAAGAGAAAGUGUUCCUAAUCGAGCCGUUAGAGGUCACUGGGAUAGAGGAGGAGGGGCUUGUUGCCGUGUACAGACAGGAGCAUUUGAGGAGAAAAAGGAGUUCCUGCUCCAGUGGCAAUGACACUGUUUAUGACCACGGCCCCUCCGGAUUGUUCCAACACAGCAGCCUGAAGAGGCAGAGUCAGAGAAGACAGCCAGGCAUACAGAGAGUUGUGGAGAUGGUCUUGGUGGUAGACAACUCCGAGUAUAAGAAGUUUGGCAGUAAAAAGUUGGUAGAAGCAAGGAUGCUUGAAGUGGCCAACCAUGUGGAUAAGGUGUACCGGCCUCUCGGCAUUCGUGUGAUGUUGGUCGGGCUGGAGUUGUGGUCUUAUAGAGAUCAGAUCAUCGUUAGGGAUUCACCUGAUGACACGCUCACAAGCUUCCUCCAGUGGCGGCAGGACAACUUGCUACGUAGAACAGCUCAUGACAACGCCCAGCUCGUCACGGCUGUGGACUUUGUGGGUACGACGGUCGGCUUGGCAACCUCCUCUGCUAUGUGUACUCCUAAAUCUGGGGGUGUCAAUCAGGACCACAGUGCCCACCCACUGGGCGUGGCCUCCACCAUCGCCCACGAGAUGGGACACAACCUGGGAAUGGCCCACGACGACGCAUCACUCUGCAGCUGCUCAACGAGGGCAUCCGCCCGGAGCUGCGUCAUGGCUGAGAGCAUUGGCCGGCUCUACCCCAGUAUGUUCAGCAGUUGUAGUGUUGAGCAGCUCAGCAGAUUUUUGGAAGACGUCAACCCAUCCUGUCUGUUGGACACGCCUCUGGUUGACCGUAUUUAUGGCGGACCGCAUUGUGGGAACGCCUUCCUGGAGCCAGGAGAGGAGUGCGAUUGUGGAACGGUAGAGGAAUGCAGUAACCCCUGCUGUAACGCCAGCACCUGUAGACUGAACAUGGGGGCUCAGUGUGCACAAGGAGACUGCUGCCACAACUGCCAGUUGAGACAGGUAGGUGCUGUGUGUAGGCCCAGCACUGGAGACUGUGACCUGACCGAACACUGCUCUGGCCUGUCCCCCGCCUGCCCCCCGGAUGCUCACACGCUCAACGGACAGCCGUGUGACAAUGGAGAAGGGUACUGCUACAACGGCCAGUGUCCUUCACACAGACAACACUGCAAAAGACUUUGGGGACCAGAUGCUGAGGUGGCUGCCAACUCCUGUUUCUACCAGAACUUUCGUGACGGACAGUGUGGUAUGACCUGUUCAUCACAGGAUAUGAUGUGUGGAAAGCUGUUCUGCUUGGGAGGGCGGGAGUUUCCUGUCACUCAGAGGAAGUCUGUCAUCACCUUGUCACAAGGUGUCACUUGUAACGUAGCGACUAUGGACCCCAAGGCCCAAUCGGAGGACCUGGGAAACGUGCCUAGUGGAACCAAGUGUGGCAACAACAUGGUGUGCUAUGAGCAGCGUUGCCAAGACAUCAAGGUGUACGGACCACAAGACUGCGCUGCCAAGUGCAACAACCGUGGAGUCUGUAACCAUGAGAGGCAGUGCCACUGUGACCCUGGCUGGGCACCACCCUAUUGUGACACCAAACUGAUGGAGCGUGCAGGCAGAAAUGGUGUCAUCAUCACUGCGUCUUUAGUAGUGGUGUCAUUGCUGCUGACCAGCCUGUUCAUUGGACGUCUUCUGUACAGCAGGAAGCACAGGCAGAGGAACAGUCUGUCUAAAGUGCCCCUCGGCUCUACUUCGGGCCAGUCCAACCCACUCUUUCAGUCAAGCAGUGUUCAGGGCAGCCCUCGAUCUGGACCCAUACACAUCAGCCUGCCCACGUUUAUGGAGUCGACAGCAACACAACAGUGCAAACCCCUCCCCCAGCCCCUCUCACAUACUGCCAGCCAGGACUUCCAGCCUCUCAAUGUCUCUUUGCUGCCUAACAGAUCAGCUCCUCGGAUUGUCAAGCCACCCAUGCCACCACCUGUCGCCCCAAGCAAGGCAGCACAUUUAAUGGCUAAACCACAACCUCCAUCCAGACCCUUACCACCUCUCAGCAACAAACAGAUACCAAGGGGACCGAAUAUUGCCCUGAAGGCCCCCAGCAGACCCUGAUGACGAGGAUAUAACCGUCUACUCCAAGGAGAUUACAUUCUACCGAAUGGGAGAGGAAUCAUUGACUAAUUGAAUCUCCUUGUCAUGUCUCUUCUGGAGAGACAAGGAGAAAUUUUGCCUUAAGCACUUGCACUGUCUCCAACAUUUUCCAUCAGUUAAAUGUUAUAUUCUCAUAUUACUGCAUUGUUUGGUGUGGCUAAAACAAAGCAACGCUGUCUGUUUUUAUAAUCAGGCAACAGCCAGGACACACUGCUGCCUUGUGACCUGGACUGAAACAUGGAUGCGGUUCAACCGUUGUAUGAGUCACUAAACUCAAAUCGACCUCUAGGGACUCAUGCCCAGCCCUACUGCAGAUUUUAAAGGACCAGAUAUUGUUAUUGUGUUAUGUUAAUAGCUUAAUCUUGCCUUCUGAUUGGUUGUGUGGGAAUGUCACCAUAAUACUGGCUUUUAGAUAUACUGUGCCAAACUUUUUUAAAUGAUCUAACUGGAUCAAUCAGUUUACACCUUGUGACAGUUACAGUGAAUUUGAAUGCAUAGAAAUCCAAUUAAAGGAUAAUUUACUUUAAUGUACAUUGUGUUCUAUGAAUUAUAUUUCUAUCCAUUUAUUCCUAUUUGAUAGAUGAAAUUCAUGGGCAAGAGUAAGAGCUAAGAAGAAAUAUAGCCUAGCGCUAAAACAAAGUCAUAUUUAUAAAAUGAAAUGUUCUCACUUGGACUACCUGAGGUUGUUUUGAAUUGACUUCCAGAGGGCAGUUUGUACACUGUGGCUCAUCUUGGCAUUACUGUAAUUUCAGAAGAUAUUUUAAUCUUGGUGUAUGAUUAUUGUUGGUUUGAUGAUGUUGAUAUUAAUGAUGAGAACUUUUUUGUCUUUGUGAAACGUUCUGGUUUUUAAAAUGUUUUUUGUAUUUUUGGCCUUUUCUGCCUUGCACAUUU